GACGAGUAUAUUGGUCCAUAUUAGUGGGAGGUAGCAGGUAGUUCUCUUUUAGCGUUACAACGCUCCGACACUCAUUUCGUCCGCAAGCAUCGCGGGUCAAGCAUCAUUGACGACACAAAUGCUGACUUUGCGACUCGUCUCACUCGCGAGUUAGGAACGCGACGAGCGUUAAAAAAAAGCCCAGCAGCCGAAAUCCCGCUCUCCGUGGUCCACACGCGUGAUCUUGCGAAUGCAUCCAAGUGCGUCCUCGCGUCGGCAAUCGGGGAACACGUCGCGAGUAUCGCCGGUCAAAUUAUUGUCCAUGUUGUCACGCUGCGACAACACUCAACACAUAUCAUUCGAAUUGGCAUCCUGUGCUGGCCGGCAAGUAACAACGAUUCAUAAUCUUCGUAAAAACAGCUCGCAAAAAGCGAACGUGCGCUACGAUGCAUUGCCAGGAACAUUGAAAUGUUUCGCGAUCGGCCGUGUUCGAGAAGUAGUUGAGUGAAAUAAGAUCCCUCUUAUAUAAAACGACGAAAAUUUGUGAUCGCAACACAUAUCGCGGAUUCGACAUCGAUGCGAGAAAUAUCAUCUCUUCAGAAAUCCGCAAGCACACUGGAAAAAUUGCACGAAUCACGAUAGAGCUCUUUGAUAUAGAAAGUAUUUGUCAGGAAGAACAUCCCAUAGACACUUUUUAGGAAAAAUAUCGCGCGCAAGACUUGAUUAAGAAACGUCACGUCAAAUUUACGAGCAAGCGCGAAACCCAGCCCCGCCGACGAGCAGCAGAUUAGCGCAGAUUCAGCAGGAAGACUUCAUCCGGAGCCGCAGUUCGACCACGCCGGCCUGAUACUCGACGAAGCUUCCUGUCGAACGCGAAGGCUCGAUAUCUGACUUUUUUCUUAACCAAGGCAGCUUCACCCACACGCGCCGACAUCGUAGAAUGGUAGAAGGUGAACCCGACACAAAGCGCAAUAUCAAGUGUGAUGUAAAAGACGAGCGGCUAAACGGUUGCGGUUCUAAGGAACUCGAACUUGCCUGUAUCGGAUUAAAGGGCAAAGCACUCGAUCCAGAGAAGGGAGCCUGUGUUCAAGCUGAUUUCGAGAAGGCCAUCGAACUAAGCGAAUAUGGCAAGUUUCAUUACUUCCUCCUCGCGGUGUGCGGCUUCGUCAGCACCAGCGAGGAGAUGGACGUGAUUUCCAUGUCCUUCAUCCUGCCGAGUGCGCAAUGUGACUUGAAGCUCGACACCCGAGCGAAAGGAUGGCUCAACUCGAUCAUCUUCAUCGGGAUGAUGGCCGGGGCGUACGCAUGGGGCUCCAUAGCGGACGCGGUCGGUCGUCGGAAGGUCCUGAUCGCUAUCUCGUUCAUGAACGCCCUGUGCAUCGUCCUCUCUAGCUUCAGCCAGUCGUACGAGUUCUUCAUGUUAUUCCGUUUCCUGAACGGUGCGGCGCUAGGAGGUAGCGGACCGGUCAUCUGGUCGUACUUCGCUGAAUUUCAGCCGAAGUCUAAACGCGGCUCCAUGCUGUCUUUCAUGGCGGCGUUCUGGACGUUGGGGAACCUCUUCGUGGCCGGCUUGGCAUGGUUGAUCAUUCCUAGAAAGAUGGGCUUCACGAGCGCAGCGUUCACGUACAAUUCCUGGCGAAUUUUUCUGUUAAUCUGUGCUGUUCCGUCGUUCGUCGUGACAGGACUGCUUCUGCUGCUCCCCGAAUCUCCCAAGUACCUCUUGUCCUCUGGAAAGAACGAAGAGGCGCUCGAAAUCUUCCGCAAAAUAUAUGUCAUUAAUACCGGCAAACCGCGUGACACCUAUUCAGUAAAGGAAUUGAUCCUCGAUGACUUUCAAGAAUCAGUGAAGGCCAAAGUCGAGGAGAAGAGCAAGUGCAAGACUAUGCUCAGUGACAUCGUGGAGAACAGUAGACAGCUAUUCGUAACGCCCAUCCUUCGCUUCACGAUAAUAUCGAUCGUUAUCAAUUUCACCUUUCACAUCGGUUACUAUGGUCUGAUGAUGUGGUUCCCGGAGCUGUUCAACCGUUUCGAUGAGUUUCAUCGUGACCAACCGGGCGAGGUGGCCUCGAUAUGCAAGGUCACCGACUACGUCGUUAACAAGGGUUCGCAUAGCAACAAGACCUUUUGCUCCGAUAAAAUCGGAGCAUCCGUCUUCAUGGAGUCCCUCAUUACAGUGGCGUCUGCCAUACCCGCCAAUAUCAUCGCUGUUUUGGGAAUGGAUCGCCUUGGACGUAAAUUCUUUCUAGUGUUCAGCACAUUUUCAUCCGGAUUAUGCUCGACUGGCUUAUACUUCGUAUAUAACAAAUAUCAGAAUUUAACCGUGUCGGCUAUCUUCAGCGGAGCGAUAAGUUGUGGCAAUGCAGCUUUGGAUUGUCUCAUUACCGAGGUGUUCCCAACGCAGCUGCGUGCAACUGGGAUAGCCAUAUCGAUGGUCGCCGCUCGUCUUGGCGGUAUAAUUGGCAAUAUCGUCAUAGCCCAGCUCCUAGACACGUAUUGUCCAGCACCAACUUUCAUAGUGGCUGCUCUUCUAAUUGGAGGAGGCUUGUUAUGUUUAUUCCUACCGAACACAACGCGCGAACCACUUUCUUGACCUCAGUGAAAAUUCAUCCCAGUUGGGCAACAAUUUAUAAUCAUUUAUAUUUUUCUGUCGAGUACACGAGCGUUGUUGAAUUUUAUUCAUAAAGUGUUUCAACACUGAGUACGAUACACGACGAUUACAUAAUAGCAUUGUAAGGAGAAAUUUAAAGUUCGAAAACAUUUUCAUCUUGCAAGUAGGAAACUAGAAUCUGUUUGUAAUAAUCCGUUAUUAUAGAUGAAAACAUAAAAUAUUGUUUAAGCAGAAUGUUAGCGAAGAUUAGCGAAUAUGACGAAACGAAAAUACGAACGUAGCAUCUAGUUUGAUAUAUGAUGCAACAAUUAGGUACCUUAGUCAAAUUUUAUAUAUACAUAUCUUGAUAUUCGCAGUAUUUAGAUAUGAUAAUUAAAUGAAGUAAUAGUGAUAUAAUAAAUAUAUUUUCCUAUUCAUUGAUUCUCGAUUGGACAUCGAGACCAAAUAAAUUUGUUAUCGCUUUAUAUUGCAAGAUAUAACUUGAUAUAUCAAUAUAAAAAAAAUUAAAAAAGCAUAAAAGAAAA